GACUAAAUCUCAUUAAGCAGGAUUCUGCUUUUUCUUCUGAGCACUUAUUUGCAUUUAAAUUUAUUUCAAACUUAUUAUGCUUUCUGUUAGAAGUUAGGAAGGGCAGAUAAAAAGCAGUAAAACUUAUUGUAUAUAAAAUUAGUGUAUCAGCUUGGUGUAGUAGAAGAGAUUGAAUCUCUGCGUAAGGUGACAUUUUAAAGUGUCUUUGAAUGACAAUUAUCUGUGCUAUUCUAGUCCCUUAUCAAAAUUUAUGAUUGAGCACAGACUAUAAACUUAAUCGUUCGAAAUUUGUAGUGGGAUGAAUUUUAGCCUAAUUUAAAACAUGAUCUAGUGUUACACUUUUCCUCUGCAAAAUUUGUUUAUUGUUUAAUAUACAUUCUUCAUAUACAAAGGUUUUAGCUGUUUUAUAGAGGUGCUUAAGAAGUAGUUAUUAAUCACCUUUGAUUUAUUGAUGGUAUUUUAAAUUUUACAACCAUAUCAGAAAUCUGAAUGAUUCAUUUCUUUCCCAGCUCUAAUUAAAGCAGCUACCUGUGAAGUUCUGGAGAGGUGAACGACCUUCAGUUUGCAAAAAAUUGUGUGAAGUUAUGUUAGCAAGAGACUAUUCAUCUCUAAAAGCAAAAAUAAUUUUAUUUACUCCAACUUCUGUGUUCUGAAUGUAUUUUUUUUCAAGGACAAAUCUAUAUUUUAAAAAUUUAAGCAAAUACGGUUAAAAUUUUGAGCUACCUUAGCUACAAGUGUGAAAUGUAUGUGAGAAACAAAUUAAGUACUUUCAGUCAGCUUAACAUGAGGAAAUCAAAGUUAAGUCAGAUUUAAAUACGUGUUUUGCAUAUGGAUAGUGUAAAAAGUACAAAUUUAUGUAUAAAUCUUUUUUGCUGCUAACUCAUUCUUAUUAAAUUAUAGAAAUAAAAUAUUUGCUUUUCUUUUUUAUCAGUUUGCAAAUGGACAGUCAGUUUCUAAAUCAUGUCUCCAGAAGAAACACUUUGAUAGUUCUGAUGCACAGUUUAAGAAUCACUAGUCUAAAAAUAACUUACUCUUUUUGGGUAUCUGAACCUCUUUGCGACUCUUAGUAGAGCUGUGGGUCCUCUUCCCAGAGCUCCCCUACUUAGAGGAUUUAGCCGGUGGUCUCAUGGCGUUGGCAGACGCGUCUGAAGCCCAGUCACGGGGGGCCCUUGGGCCUAAAGGGUCUCAGGUGUUAAAACCUGCGCUGGUUGGCUUCUUUCUGUGAUUUUUCUUUAUACUUUCUAUGCAGACUUUUCCAAAAAUAUUUGGCCGGUAUUUAUGGUAGUUUGUUUCUUAGGAGAGUAACUGCUGCAGCUGGUUGAGAGGAAGUGAGGUCUGGUGGAAAGGCAGCUCAGGCAGAGGAGUCUCGGGAGGGUCUCUGAGCUUUCCUCCAGCGUCACCCCCAGCUGGCCGUGUGACCUUCCGGGAGGUCACCUAACCUCUCAGGCUUCGAUUUGCUGUGUGAUUUCUGCAGUCCCUGCAAGCGGUUUUAUGAUAUCGUGGUUCAAUGAUAUCAUGGUAAAAUUCUUUAUCACUUUGGGGUUGGCUCUGAUACUGAUGUUUGGGGAAAAUGCCCUGGAGUUAAGGUAUAUGUUCAUUGUGCCUUUUUACUGAUUUUGAUUUUUCGGAAGAGUUUCUGUGUCUCUCCUUUCUCAAAUGCUGUAUAAGUAAAAGUUAAAGUCCCAGCCCUGUGCUGAUCACUUUGAGUUUCAACAUAUUUUGUUUAUUCUGGGUAUAAGCCGUUGUUAUUAUAUGUGUUGCAAUUAUCAUCUCCAGUUCUGUGGCUUGCUUUUUCAUUCUCUUAAUGGUGUUUUUUUUUUUUUGAUGAACAGAAGUUCUUAAUUUUAAUUUAGUCUAAUUUAUCUUUUCUUUUUCAUUAUAUUUUAAAAUGGUAAUAUUUUACUGACUAAUCAACAGUUUUUAUCCAAAGUCAUUCAUUUAACAAAUAAUGCUUUGGGAGAUCGAUGCGUAAGAAAUUAUCCCCAGGCUGAAAGAGCUCACAAGAAAUGCCUAAUAAGGAAAAGCAGCCUGCAACAGCGAUUCAGGGUCGACUCAGUGAACCCGUUUACUUCACCGAUAUUUACUGAGCACUUACUUUGGGCCUGGUACAGUUUUGAGUGGUACGAAGCCCUGCAGACUAUUUGACUGUGUUUCGUAUGACUGCACUUGAUUAAAUAAAGAUUUAUAAUCGUGAAGAUUUUUUGAGCUAUCCUUUGAGGACAUGAGAACGCUGUUGAGUGACGUCAGUCAACAGACGUGCUAUGUUUAAAGCAUAAGGAAGAUGAGCAUGGGAGCAAGAGAGCUGAAGGAGAGCUAGUCUCCCCAAAAUUGCGGCAGUGAGAAGAGGCAUUUGUUAGUUUAAACGGAGGCUGAAGAAACUAGAGAAUUAGCACACGAAGAGAAAGUGGAGAAGGUAGAGGAUGGAGUUGCAGACUCUCCAGGAGGCUCUUAAAGUGGAAAUUCAGGUUCACCAGAAACUGGUUGCUCAAAUGAAGCAGGAUCCACAGAUAUUUUUUCUUUCCAAUCAGAAUGCUGAUUUAAAGAAACAGCUUCAUGAACUCCAAGCCAAAAUCACAGCUUUGAGUGAGAAACAGAAAAGAGUAGUUGAACAGCUACGGAAGAACCUGAUAGUAAAGCAAGAACAACCAGACAAGUUCCAGAUACAGCCAUUGCCGCAGUCUGAAGGCAAACUCCAAACAGCACAGCAGCAGCCGCUGCAGCAGCUCCAGCAACAGCCGCAGUACCACCACCACCAUGCACAGUCGGCCGCCCCCUCGCCCGGCCUGACCGCUUCCCAGAAGACCGUAACCACAGCUUCUAUGAUUACCACAAAGACACUACCUCUCGUCUUGAAAGCAGCAACUGCGACCAUGCCUGCCUCUGUUGUGGGCCAGCGACCUACCAUUGCUAUGGUGACCGCCAUCAACAGCCAGAAGGCUGUGCUCGGCACUGAUGUGCAGAACACACCAGUCAACCUCCAGACGUCUAGUAAGGUCACUGGGCCUGGGGCAGAGGCUGUCCAAAUUGUGGCAAAAAACACAGUCACUCUGCAGGUUCAGGCGACACCUCCUCAGCCCAUCAAAGUACCACAGUUUAUCCCCCCUCCUAGACUCACCCCACGCCCAAACUUUCUUCCACAGGUCCGACCCAAGCCUGUGGCCCAGAAUAACAUUCCUAUUGCCCCAGCACCUCCUCCCAUGCUUGCAGCUCCUCAGCUUAUCCAGAGGCCUGUCAUGCUGACCAAGUUCACCCCCACAACCCUCCCUACCUCCCAGAAUUCCAUCCACCCCGUCCGUGUCGUCAAUGGGCAGACUGCAACCAUAGCCAAAACGUUCCCCAUGGCCCAGCUCACCAGCAUUGUGAUAGCCACUCCAGGGACCAGACUCGCUGGACCUCAAACUGUACAGCUUAGCAAGCCAAGCCUUGAAAAACAGACAAUUAAAUCCCACACAGAAACCGAUGAGAAACAAACAGAGAGCCGCACCGUCACGCCCCCUGCUGCGCCCAAACCAAAGCGGGAGGAGAACCCUCAGAAACUUGCCUUCAUGGUGUCUCUAGGGUUGGUGACACAUGACCAUCUAGAAGAAAUCCAAAGCAAGAGGCAAGAGCGAAAAAGAAGAACCACAGCGAACCCCGUGUACAGCGGAGCAGUCUUUGAGCCAGAGCGUAAGAAGAGCGCAGUCACAUACCUGAACAGCACCAUGCACCCCGGGACCCGGAAGAGAGGUCGUCCUCCAAAAUACAAUGCAGUGCUGGGGUUUGGAGCCCUUACCCCAACAUCCCCCCCAUCCAGUCAUCCUGACUCCCCCGAAAAUGAAAAGCCAGAGACCACAUUCACUUUCCCCGCACCUGUGCAGCCUGUGUCGCUGCCCAGCCCCACCUCCACAGACGGUGAUAUCCAUGAGGAUUUUUGCAGCGUUUGCAGAAAAAGUGGCCAGUUGCUGAUGUGUGACACGUGUUCCCGUGUGUAUCAUCUGGACUGCUUAGACCCUCCUCUGAAAACGAUUCCCAAGGGCAUGUGGAUCUGUCCCAGAUGUCAGGACCAGAUGCUGAAGAAGGAAGAAGCAAUCCCAUGGCCUGGAACUCUAGCAAUUGUUCAUUCCUAUAUCGCCUACAAAGCAGCAAAAGAAGAAGAGAAACAGAAAUUACUUAAAUGGAGUUCAGAUUUAAAACAAGAACGAGAACAACUCGAGCAGAAGGUGAAACAGCUCAGCAGUUCUAUAAGUAAAUGCAUGGAAAUGAAGAACACCAUCCUGGCCCGGCAGAAGGAGAUGCACAGCUCCCUGGAGAAGGUAAAGCAGCUGAUCCGCCUCAUCCACGGCAUCGACCUCUCCAAACCCGUAGACUCUGAGGCCGCUGCGGGGGCCCUCUCCAACGGCCCGGACUGCACGCCCCCUGCCAGCGCCGCCCCCUCCACGCCGGCCCCCUCCCCCUCCUCCCAGAGCUGCACGGUGAACUGUAACCAGGCGGAAGAGAUUAAAUAACGGGCCCUCCGGGAGAAGCCAGGGAUCCCGGCGGCGAGGAGAGCAAGCGCUGAAGACUCUAGAAAGCAAAGCCGGAUUGCUUCUGGAAAGUACAGAAUUCUUUUGGUUCUUUGGUUCCAGAGAGAGAGAAGAUGCUUGUGCCAGGUGGCACCAGAGUUUGCCAAUUGAUCCUUCUUAUUCUGUGUGUACAUGCAAAGAUUGGACCAUGUUACAUGAAAUAGUGCCAGCUGGAGGUUCUUUGCCAGCACCAUGCCAAGUGAAAUAAUAUAUUUACUCUCUCUAUUAUA